AACAUUCUUCCAUUAUCUUAACAACUCAUUCAAUGGAAGAAGCUGAGCAAUUAUCUUCUAAAAUGGCUAUUUAAGUAGAUGGAUAAUUAAAAUGUUUAGGUACUAUUUAAUAAAUUAAGCAUAAGUUUGGUAAAGGAUAUGUAAGUAGAAGUUAAAAUUAAAAAGUCCUUCAGUUGAGCAUAAAAGCUCUUUAUGUUAAAAAACAGGAUUAUAAUAAAAUGAUAAAAUAUUAAUUAAUGAUUUACCCAAUAUUUUAAGUAAAUUGAAUGCUAUGGAUUUAUAAUAUUUGAUUUCUGAAGAUCAAUCAGGAUCUGUUAUUUAUAAAGAAUUAUAAAGUUUAAAAGGUAUUACUUUUGAUAAUUUAUCUGAAUUUAUAUAUGUUGAAAAACAAGGUAUUUAAAUUAAGAUGUUUUUAGACUAAUAAUUUGGUAAAUUUGAAGUUAUUGAACAUUUAGGCGAUUUUUAUAGAUAUAGAAUAGAAACAAAUGUAACUAUUG